AUGAAGCUUCCCAGAUCCUGGCGUGUUACUGUGUCGUCAGGAGGAUCUCCUAUCCCUUUUAAGCAAGGGCUGACUUUUCCAGCGGUUUCUUCGAAAGACGGGACCCACACUAUCGUGCUUCUUGCGUACCAAAUCAGAGUCUACUACAACUCCACAAGACAGUGUGUUCGUGUGGUAGACUUGGAUAUUCAUGAUGCCAUUGCUGCCUUUAUAGAUGACGAAAAUGACUGUCAAGUUAUCAUUUUCACUUCAAAACAAAAAGUACUCUACGUCAAUUGGAAGGAAAAUGUGGCACAUCCAGUAGUUGCCAGGCAGCACAUCACUCCAGGAAACUUGCAUCUACAGGACAUUUUUUUGAUUGAUGAUACCAGCUACUAUGGCAUUGGGCUCUUUUCAGAGCAAAGUUUUGCAUCUGAACAUGGUCCAAAAACGCUUAAUGUGUAUCAAAUCGAGAAAGAGACCGGCAUUUCUCAUCGCAUGCUCACCGUCCCCAAUGUAUAUAAGUAUGGAGUUUCCAGAAGUCGAAACCACUUGGCAGUGUCGAAAAAGGGUCAUGUACUAAUUUACGACCUAAAAGUGGGCGUGCAAAUGAUGAAGAGACACAUAACUCUGGAGCUGAAAAGUCAUCUCCAAAAUGGCUCAACGUCAUCUGCCUCCGUGAAUGACGUUUUAGAUCAAACAAGGCUCGUGAUGAAUUAUUCAGGUCCUCCAGCUCUGGCAUUAGCUGUGAGUGAUCAGGGCAUCGCGGCAGUUGCUUCCACUCAUGGACCAAUCUACCUUUUGUAUCCUCAGGAGCGAGACAGAAAGGACAGUAAAGAUGAUAGCGGAAAUCAGCGUGCGUUGAAAUGGCAUUUUGAGGGCGCUCACGACGUUGCUUUUUCAGCUGAUCAGAGAUAUCUUAUUUCGGGAGGUUCAGAGAAAGUAUUGGUCAUUUGGAACCUUGAGCUGGGUAAAACGCAGUUUUUGCCUCGUCUUAGUGGUUCUAUCACUGCUAUUUCUAUUGACCCAAACCGCCCUGACGUGUACAACAUUAUGCUUUCACCCAUAGCCGUUGGAAGCGGUGCAGUAAAUCUUGCCCAAAGUGAAAUUGUCGUGAUUUCUGCAGUGGACCUUGUAUCUCGUCUUGCGGUUUCCUCAUGUCGCCCACAGAUGACAUCAACUACAGAUACAUUCAGACGUAAAGUUCGUCAGUAUUUGAAGAAAAAAGAAGUAGUUGGAGCCCACGACAGCGAUGAAGAGAGCGGGAAUGAGGACGAAGAGGACCAAAAACAAGUCAACUCAAAGCCUAGAAUUCUCGAGAAAUAUGACUUCAUUAGGCCGGAUAUUAGUGCUCUCACUAUGGUCAACUUUAAAACGAAUCAUCUUUACCUCCCAAACGGGCUGUCUAUUCAAGCAUUCGAUCUUGCCCGUGGUGAACAAGCUUUCAUUCAACAUGUUGCACCUCAGCUCGAUAUCGGUAGAGUCAAGAGCGAACACAAGAUUGUGGAUCCUCAGGUUGAAAAGCUUGCAUUCACAAAGAACGGUAAAUGGAUGUGUACAUUCGAUCUGAUGCCCAAGUCUGACUUGGAUAAUCUUCUUUCCAAGAACGAUACGGCGUUUGCUCUUAAGUUUUGGUCCUGGUCAGCCGAGGAUUCUCAAUGGCACCUUGCGCUGAAGAUAGUUGAUCCUCAUGGUCCAGGUCUUGUUGUUGGUGCCAUUGUUGUUCUGCCGACUUCAGAAAUUGUCGCCACUGUGGACUCUCAUGGUGGCGUGCGUAUCUGGCGUCCUCGUCCCGCUGCUACUCGCAACAAUGCUAAAGGAAAAACGGCGGCCACAAGGUCUCAAACUGUGUGGACUCUUCGUCGUGCUCUUCCUCCCUCAGCACUGGCCCCUGCUCCAGUGGCAGCUGCUUGGGCUACGGACUCUUCUCUCUUGGUUGUCAGUCAUAAUACAGAAACGAAAGCGUACGAUCCACAACUGCUUGAGCCUGUUGAUUUCACGUUCCCACGUCUUUCUGCUCCAGUGGAGUUCGUGGCUCUCUUGGAGUCUCAUCUUGUUCUUGCACUGGCAACGCUGGUGUUGCUGUUUGACCUUGUGAAAGGUGAGGAGACUUCAUUGGCAGUUAAGUUUCUCGACUAUGGUGCACGCAACUUGAUAGCCGCAGAUACCCUGAGGAACAUAAUAGCUGUUGCAGUGAACCAGCCCAAGCCAUACGAAGGUCAGGGUUUUGGUUGCAAAAUCCUGAUCUUCUCACCAAGUAGGCUCAGUCCAGUUCACGAAAUUGUGCAUAAGCAAUUGGUGGUUUCGUUAACUGCUCUGCCUUCUGGUUUUGUCUUCGUUGAUUCUGCCUCUCGUGCCUCGUUGAUAAGUCCUGUCGCCAGAGAUUUGGACAGUACAGAGAAUUUGGCUGAGCAGAUGAACAAUUUGUUGGUAAACGCCCAAGCAGCAGCUAAUGUGUUGCACGCACGUUCCGUGGAUGGUCUGGCGGGUCUUGAAGUAGAUGACACUAAUGAUACCGAAAAAUGGACCUCUCAGCGUCUUCUUGAUCUCGCACACAUUGAGCCUAUUUUCACGAACAUCGACGGAAUUGCAUUGGACACGUUGUUUGAGCGUAUUGUAAGGGCCGUGCAAUGA